AUGACCGCUAUAGAUGAAGGAACUUUGGCGGGCGAGUACGUCACGACCGUUGAUUUCGAUUAUCGAGCUUCAAAAAUUCUAGUGUUUAAGAACGGUGAAGAAUAUGAUCCUGGGCUUCCGGUGGUUAUUUCGAGGCGUCAGUUUCGUCACUGGAUUAAAUUUUUAGACUUUUUGAGCAAGAAGCUAGAUAUGCGAGCUCCUGUGCAUCGAAUUUUUCGUCUAGAUGGCAUUGAAAUUCACAGAUUUGACGAACUAGAAAACAAUGGAUAUUAUGUCGCUGUAACACACGGUCCAUUUAUUCAAAUGGAGUAUGGAGUUCUAGCAAACUGUGAAGAGAAGGAAAAGCCAAAAAGAUGGAACUACAAUACAAAAUUUGAAAGCAAAGAAUUUGGGUCGUUAGAUUCGGCAGAAAGUGUAGAAAUAUAUUUGAAAAGAUGUGGCUACGGAACUGUGACAGGAUUACCAUUUCCUUUUGACGAACCACCAUCACCUUUGAAUGGAUCAAGAAGAUUACCAAAACAAAAAAAUCCAGAACUUUUAACAGUGCUCCAAAUGAGGGACGAUUUCUUAAAACAGAAGGCCAACAGUACAAAACUGCAACCUGGUUACUCUAGGAAUACCAUCAAACAAGCGCCUUUUACUGCAGCUGAUGAGAAAACUUUGAAUAUAAAUGAAAAAACCAGUGAACGGCUGAAAGAAUUGGAGGCGAGACAUAUUGCUAAAAAAGAAUCUUUGCAAAUAAGUUCUGCGGAGCGAAGAUGGAACAGAAAUUCACCAGAUAAAAACGAACUGGCAUUCACCAGACAAGAUUCCAAAGCACCACUAAACCCAGAAGAAACUUCUUUGUUAAAAGCAAAAUCUGUCGAGAAAGAAGCCAAAACAAACCUUCAACCGGCUUUUUCUAAACCUGACUGUAGACUGGAAGACUUGAAGUACAAGCCAGAUCAAAUUUACAUUCCUUUAUUGAUAAAGAAGUGUGCUGAUCCCAGUCCUCAAGAAGCUCUUCCAGAGAAGGACGAUGAAGAGAUUGAAGCAAAGCCAAUGAAAAACUUUGAAAACAGUCAACCAAAAAACCAGGAAACAGAAGAACUUUCAGAAGUUCAGCCAAAUGACUUACCUAGUGAAACUUUACCAGAAAAUAUUACAGAAGUGUCAUUAGCAGAAGACCGUAAUUUGCAGCCGAUUCCUUCUGCACAGCAAAAUGUCGAAAAAAUAGAAGAAAAUCUUAAGAAUAUUUGCCCCGAUAAUAAAGACACGGCUCUCCAAGAGAGUGAAACAGGCGACGUUACUGUGGAAAGCGUCACUGAUUUAGCAGAGCACGAUUUCCAUGAUUCAGAUGAAGUACCGUUACCAGAUGACCAACAGUAUGAUCCCGUUAUUGAGUCAGGAAAUAAUGAAGUGACAGAUUUUCAAAUGGUUGAAGAAGAAAAAUCGCCGAUAAACUCGACCAUGAAACAGAUGGAUAUGUCUGAGGAACCGUUAGAUGAUAAGAUAAUGAAAACGCCAGAGGCUGACGCUCAGACGGCACCAGCAAGCCCGAUUAGUCAAAAAACUGAAACACUAAACAAUAAAACUGCAAAUAUUCAGCCUCCUGCUUCUAAAAUUUUACCUUCAAAACUGCCGCAACAGCAUAGUUACCCAUCAAGCGAGGUCCUUGACGAAAAUGCAGUCAAUAUUCAAGAUACUGUUGAAGCCGAAAUACCAUCGAAGCCGACUGGUCCAAAAGACGUUGAAAUUAGUAGAAGACCAUUCAGAAAAGUGUCUAAUGCUUACGCUGAUUCAGGUCUAAUGGAAAAGGUGCGAUCUACUGGGGAAACUGCUGAAAGAGCAGAGAAAAAAAUGACACAUGUUCAAGUGGGAAACAGCCCUAAGAGUCCUCCGAAAAAUUCUUCUCCAACAAGCAAUCCUCCAGUAGAUAAAUUAAUUAAUAAGAUAUCAAAUAAUCAAGAGUUAAUUGAUAAAAAAGUGUUAUCAUCUGGUGUGGUUAGCAAAGAAUUGAUAAAUAAUGAGGUGACAGAAAAAAACGAUGAAAAACCAGCGCAAAAAACGCCGGUUAUCAAGUUUGCUGAACAACCAAAAAUUAUUGAGAUACCACGUCUUUCGGCUGCCAAGAAUCCUGAACCAGUGCGUAGGGACGGCAUUGAUGAAUCACCAGUCUUAUCAGAAGAUGAUGACUAUUCGCAAGUACGACCACCUUUUCCGAUGUGUUAUGAUCCAGAUUUUAGUGAUUUUGAUUACUUGUAA